CUUACCAGUCGAGACCGACCCCCAACCAGAGUGGGACUUCACUCCAGAGACGUCAGGGACGGAGUUUCAAAGCCCCAGCGCUCUGACCAUAAUUGCGCGGGUAUCUUUGGUCUUCAUCCUGAACGCUCUUUAGGCCAAGAUGGACUCCAUCAAUCAAGACACUGAGGUGAAGACAAAUGGCCACACCGAAGUCCACAGACCUGUGGCUGGCAUAAUUCUGGAGAAGACAAAGGAGAAGAUAACCAUAUACCAAGCCAUGAAAAAACAUCUUCUUAAGCCAGGAACAGCAUUAGCCCUGCUUGAAGCACAAGCAGCCACAGUGGGCAUCAUAGACCCAAUUAACAAUCGAGUACUUCCUGUUGCAGAUGCUGUUAAAGAGGGAAUAGUUGGACCUGAGAUGAAAGAGAAGCUCCUCACAGCAGAGAAAGCCAUCAGUGGCCAUGUAGACCCUUACACCAAGCAAACAAUAUCCGUAUUCCAAGCUAUGCAAAAAGAUUUAGUCCCAAGAGAUUAUGGACUGAGGCUGCUGGAAGCACAGAUAGCUACGCAAGGCCUGUUUGAUCCUGUUGAGAAGACAAAUAUUUCAGUUGAAGAAGCAAUUCAAAAGGGCUACUAUGAAAAAGGUUUACUCAAUAACCAGAUGUCUGAGCUCCAAGUGUUCUACAAUCCAAGCUCACAAGAAACUCUGAACUAUCAGAACCUCCAACAGGCAUGCACUGUAGAUGCUGACACCGGCCUGUUGCUCCUUCCCAUUUGCAUCACCUUCAAGGGUCUGCGAAGAGGUAUUUCCUCCACUGAACUCCUUGAAUCAAAGAUCAUUGACAAAGAAACAUUUGAAGACCUACAGAAGGGAAAGGCCACAACACAGGAUGUGAUGUUGAUGGAAACAGUGAAAGACUUCCUGGAGGGGAAAGGCAGUAUUGCAGGCAUUGCUGUACUCUCGUCAAAUAAGAGAAUGAGCAUUUAUCAAGCCAUGAAGCAAGGCAUAUUGAUGCCUGGAACAGCACUAGUUCUUCUCGAGGCACAGGCUGCGACUGGAUUCAUGAUUGAUCCUGUAGAAAAUAAAAAAUUCACUGUGGAUGAGGCUAUCAAAAACAAACUUUUUGGCCCAGAAUAUCAUGCAAAGCUGCGUUCUGCUGAGCGGGCAGUAACUGGAUACAAAGACCCAUACUCAGGUGAAACUAUAUCGUUGUUUCAAGCACUGUCAAAAGACCUCAUUGUUAAGGAACAUGGGAUCCGCCUACUUGAGGCGCAAAUCGCUACAGGUGGAAUAAUAGACCCAAUCAACAGUCACAGACUUCCCACAGAAGUGGCCUUCAAGAGAGGUUACUUUAAUGAAGAAAUGAAUAAAAUACUAGAGGACUCAGGAGAUGACACAAAAGGGUUUUUUGACCCAAACACAGAAGACAAUCUAACUUAUCUUCAACUGAUGGAAAGGUGUGUCAGUGACCCCAUCACUGGACUGUGCCUCCUCCCUCUCCGUGAUAAGUCAGACAGGCUGAAUUUUAACUUCAUUGACUACCAAACGAAAAUGACCUUCAAAGAGGAGAAGGUGAAAGUGACAUAUGGGAAGUACACGGGAAUGACAGUAUCUCUGUGGGAACUCCUGAUGUCAGAAUACUUUGAUGAACAUCAGAGGAGAGACAUCUUUCAAAAAUACAGAGAAGGGGAGCUCAAUAUUAAGAUGAUCAUCACAACAGUUUUGGAAGUCAUAGAAACAUCUGUGAAAACAGCUCAAGUCAUUUUUGAAGGGAUCAGAGAAAAUGUCACAGCCAAACAGCUCGUGGAGGCAGAUAUCAUUAGUGAGAAGGUUCUGGAGGAUCUGAAAAAGGGAAAGAAGUCAGUGAAGGAAGUGACAGAAGACGAAAAUGUUAACAUGUACCUACAGGGGAAAGACAGCAUUGCAGGUAUUCUGCUUCCUGAUUCUCAAAUAAUGACCAUCUACCAGGCCAGGCAAAAAGGAAAGCUGAUGCCAGGAACUGCUCUGGUUCUACUGGAGGCACAGGCAGCAACGGGGCACAUUAUUGACCCUAUUGGAAACAGGAAGUUUUCAGUGGAUGAUGCUGUCAAAGCAAAGAUUGUGGGGCCUGAUGUCUGUCAAAAGCUUCGCUCAGCAGAGAAAGCGGUCACUGGGUACAAAGAUCCAUAUGACGGCAAAAUAAUCUCUCUGUUCCAAGCCAUGCAAAAAGAUCUCAUCCUAAAAGACCAUGGAAUUCGACUCCUGGAGGCACAAAUUGCUACUGGUGGGAUCAUUGAUCCAGUGAACAGCCAUCGCAUCCCUGUCCAUGUGGCCUAUAAGAGGGGAUACUUUAAUGAGGAAAUGAAUCAGAUCCUGGACGAUCCAAGUGAUGACACUAAAGGAUUCUUUGACCCCAACAACCAUGAGAACCUGACAUACUUGCAGCUCAUGGCCAGAUGUGUCACAGAUCCCAGUACAGGUCUGUGUCUCUUGCCACUCAAAAGCAAAAGUAACAAAAUUAACAUAGAUGAUAACAUGAGGGAAAUGUUCAAAACAACAACAGUUGCUGUUAAGUAUGGCAGGUUCAAGGGCAAGCACACAACACUGUGGGAUCUUAUCAAUUCAGAGUAUCUGUCUGAGGACAAAAGACAGGAAUUUUUUAAGCUCUUCAAGUCAAGGAAAGUCACAAUUGAGCAACUCACUGUCACCAUUUUAGAGAUCAUUGAGACCAAGGAGAUAAAACAGCAAGCAGGGCUAAACUUUGAAGGUCUCAGAGGAGAGAUCUCUGUUGUGGAUCUUUUAGAACUUGAAAUUGUUGAUGAAAAAACAUACAACAGUUUGAUUGAUGGAAAGGUGACAAGCACAGAUGUGAUGAAAAUCGACAGCGUGCGAGACUACCUACAAGGGAAAAGUUGUCUGGCUGGGGUGAUACUGCAACCAUCGGAUCAGAAGCUGAGCAUCUAUGAGGCACAGAGAAUUGGCAUUCUCACACCUGGCACUGCCCUUUGCCUCCUUGAAGCACAAGCAGCCACAGGGUUCAUUGUUGAUCCUCUGAAAAACAAAAAACUGACAGUGGAAGAAGCUCUCAAAGACAAGCUCAUUGGUCCACAGAUGUAUGAAAAGCUACUGUCUGCAGAGAGGGCUGUCACUGGUUACAGAGAUCCAUACACUGGUCAAAAGAUCUCACUUUUUCAAGCCUUGAAAAAAGAUCUAAUUGUCAAGCAGCAUGGCAUCCGUUUACUCGAGGCUCAGAUUGCUACAGGUGGUAUCAUUGAUCCCUUGAAGUGUCUUCACUUACCUCUUGAGGUUGCAUACAGGAAAGGAUAUUUUGAUGCAGAACUUAAUCAAAUCCUAUCAGACCCAACUGAUGACACAAAGGGCUUUUUUGACCCAAAGACACACAACAAUCUGACAUACUUGGAGAUGCUGGGUAGAUGUGUCAAAGAUAAGGAAACAGGACUGUUUCUCCUGCCACUGAAUGACACACCAAAAGCUACAGGAUCAAAAGCAAAAAUGUAUACUGACACAGAGAUAAAGCAAGAGUUUGAAAACACACCUGUGAGCACAUCAGUAGGACGCUACUCAGGAAAGUCAGUUUCUCUGUGGGACUUGAUUCACUCUAGGUACUUCACUGACGAUCAGCGGCUUGAGUUCACUGAAAUGUACAGAACAAGGAAGACAACCAUAGAAACCAUUAUCACAUCAGUGAUUUCCACCAUUGCAAAACUGGAGGAAAGUGAAACUGCCAAAAUGGUAAAUGGCCUGCGAAAGCCUGUCUCUGCACAACAAUUACGGGAUUCUGACAUCAUUGAUGCAGAUACAUUCAAACAGGUGAAAGAAGGAAAACUCACUCUUGAAGCAGUAACCCAACAUGAACCUGUGAGAGGAUACCUGAAGGGAACUGGGAGCAUUGCUGGAAUUAAGGUUCAUGCAUCCCAGAAAGUAAUGAGCAUAUAUGAAGCAAAAACUGAAGAUCUGUUGACUCCUGGCCUUGCACUUGUACUGCUUGAAGCUCAAGCUGCAACCGGAUGGAUCAUUGAUCCUCUCAAAAACAAAUUCUAUGCUGUUGAUGAGGCAGCAAGAGAGAAAGUAAUUGGACCAGACGUACUUGAGCAGCUUCUCUCAGCUGAACGAGCUGUGACUGGAUAUAAAGAUCCAUACACAGAUGCAACAAUAUCACUGUUUGAAGCCAUGAAUGAACAGCUGAUUCAAAGAAGUGAUGGCAUUCGCCUUCUUGAGGUACAGAUAGCAACUGGAGGAAUAAUUGACCCAAACCAAAGUCACAGACUACCUGCUCAUGUUGCUGUUAAAAAGGGGUAUCUUGAUGAAGAAAUUCACAAAAUUCUGUUGGACUCCACUGAUGAUGCCAAGGGAUUCUUUGAUCCAAAUACCAAAGAAAACCUCUCUUACCAUCAGCUCAUAAAGCGAUGUAAGAAAGAUCCUCAAACUGGGCUACUUCUUUUACCCCUGUACGAAGAGGAAUCCCAUGAAUUCCACACAGAUGAGAAAAUAGAGCUUGCUUUCAAAAACAAAACUAUUGCCAUGAAUGCAGGAAAAUUCAAAAACAAAGAAGUGACACUGUGGGAAGUGUUGCUCUCUGAAUACAUAUCAGAACAAAAAAGGGAGCAGCUCAUACAACAAUACAAGACCCGAACCAUGACAAUAGAGGAGAUCAUUGAAAUACUCACUGUUAUUGUUACAGAAGUAUCAUCAAAAGAAAAAAAGUUCAAAGGACUAAGAAAGCAGGUUUCAGCCAGUGAGUUGUAUGAGUCAAAAAUUAUCUCAAAGGAGCUAUUCACACAGAUUAUACAAGGUGAAGUAACUGAAGAAAAGGUUAACAAGAUGGAAUCCAUUCAAAAGUACCUUGGAGCUACAAACUGUAUAGCAGGGGUUAGAGUUGAAUCGACAAAGAAAGUUAUGAGCAUCUACGAAGCCAGAACCAAAGGCCUGCUGACUCCGGGCACAUCUCUUGUGCUGCUAGAGGCACAAGCCGCCACUGGCUUUGUCAUUGACCCGGUGAACAACAAGAAACUUUCAGUAGAGGAAGCUGUGGCUCAAAGAGUAGUGGGCAGUGAGUGGAAAAAUAAACUGCUUUCAGCAGAAAGAGCAGUUACUGGUUACAAGGAUCCCUACACUGGAAACACAAUCUCUUUGUUCCAGGCCUUGAAAAAAGAUCUCAUUGUCAAAGACCAUGGAAUUCGUCUCCUUGAAGCACAAAUUGCCACAGGAGGCAUAAUCGACCCAGUGUACAGUCACAGAGUGCCUGUGCAGGUGGCAUACCAAAGAGGUUACUUUGAUGAGGAAAUGAACCAGAUUCUGUCUGACCCUGAUGAUGACACCAAGGGCUUUUUCGACCCCAACACUCAAGAGAACCUCACCUAUCUCCAGCUAGUCGAAAGGUGUGUUACAGAUCCCAUCACAGGCCUUAGCUUACUGGUCAUUGCGAAGAAAGGUGAGUUUUAUUUCUUUGUUGAUGAGGCAACAAAACUCAUUCUGAAAUCAACAACAACAACCAGAGCAGGAGGGAAAUACCAUGGAACAACGGUGUCUCUGUGGGAUCUGCUCUACUCCAAAUACAUCACUGAGGAGAAGAGGAGGGAGCUUGUCCAACAGUACAAGUCUGGAUCAAUCACAAUUGAACGCUUUUUGGAAAUCAUCCUGACAAUCAUUCAGCAGCAAACCACAACAACCUCAUCGUCAUCAGUGGUCACAUGCCAACCACCAGAAACAAAAGUGGACAGCAGCACAACCACUACCACAACCACUAAAAUCACAGAGACGACAGAAGUCCAAACAUUCCAUGGAAUCAGAAAGGAUGUCACUGCAACUGAGCUGCUUGAAUCAAAAAUCAUCAACGAGGACCUCUACAAAGAUCUCAGCACUGGAAAGGUCACAGUGACGGAAGUAAGUGAAAUGGACUCAGUACGCAAGUACUUAGAGGGAACCAACAGCAUUGCAGGGGUGUACCUGCAGUCCACCAAAGAGACAAUGAGUGUCUAUGAAGCCAAAAGCAAGGGCCUGCUGACUCCUGGUACUUCUCUGGUUCUGCUGGAGGCACAAGCCGCCACUGGCUUUGUCAUCGACCCGGUGAACAACAAGAAACUUUCAGUAGAGGAAGCUGUGGCUCAAAGAGUAGUGGGCAGUGAGUGGAAAAAUAAACUGCUUUCAGCAGAAAGAGCAGUUACUGGUUACAAGGAUCCCUACACUGGAAACACAAUCUCUUUGUUCCAGGCCUUGAAAAAAGAUCUCAUUGUCAAAGACCAUGGAAUUCGUCUCCUUGAAGCACAAAUUGCCACAGGAGGCAUAAUCGACCCAGUUUACAGUCACAGAGUGCCUGUGCAGGUGGCAUACCAAAGAGGUUACUUUGAUGAGGAAAUGAACCAGAUUCUGUCUGACCCUGAUGAUGACACCAAGGGCUUUUUCGACCCCAACACUCAAGAGAACCUCACCUAUCUCCAGCUAGUCGAAAGGUGUGUUACAGAUCCCAUCACAGGCCUUAGCUUACUGGUCAUUGCGAAGAAAGGUGAGUUUUAUUUCUUUGUUGAUGAGGCAACAAAACUCAUUCUGAAAUCAACAACAACAACCAGAGCAGGAGGGAAAUACCAUGGAACAACGGUGUCUCUGUGGGAUCUGCUCUACUCCAAAUACAUCACUGAGGAGAAGAGGAGGGAGCUUGUCCAACAGUACAAGUCUGGAUCAAUCACAAUUGAACGCUUUUUGGAAAUCAUCCUGACAAUCAUUCAGCAGCAAACCACAACAACCUCAUCGUCAUCAGUGGUCACAUGCCAACCACCAGAAACAAAAGUGGACAGCAGCACAACCACUACCACAACCACUACAAUCACAGAGACGACAGAAGUCCAAACAUUCCAUGGAAUCAGAAAGGAUGUCACUGCAACUGAGCUGCUUGAAUCAAAAAUCAUCAACGAGGACCUCUACAAAGAUCUCAGCACUGGAAAGGUCACAGUGACGGAAGUAAGUGAAAUGGACUCAGUACGCAAGUACUUAGAGGGAACCAACAGCAUUGCAGGGGUGUACCUGCAGUCCACCAAAGAGACAAUGAGUGUCUAUGAAGCCAAAAGCAAGGGCCUGCUGACUCCUGGUACUUCUCUGGUUCUGCUGGAGGCACAAGCCGCCACUGGCUUUGUCAUUGACCCGGUGAACAACAAGAAACUUUCAGUAGAGGAAGCUGUGGCUCAAAGAGUAGUGGGCAGUGAGUGGAAAAAUAAACUGCUUUCAGCAGAAAGAGCAGUUACUGGUUACAAGGAUCCCUACACUGGAAACACAAUCUCUUUGUUCCAGGCCUUGAAAAAAGAUCUCAUUGUCAAAGAUCAUGGAAUUCGUCUCCUUGAAGCACAAAUUGCCACAGGAGGCAUAAUCGACCCAGUUUACAGUCACAGAGUGCCUGUGCAGGUGGCAUACCAAAGAGGUUACUUUGAUGAGGAAAUGAACCAGAUUCUGUCUGACCCUGAUGAUGACACCAAGGGCUUUUUCGACCCCAACACUCAAGAGAACCUCACCUAUCUCCAGCUAGUCGAAAGGUGUGUUACAGAUCCCAUCACAGGCCUUAGCUUACUGGUCAUUGCGAAGAAAGGUGAGUUUUAUUUCUUUGUUGAUGAGGCAACAAAACUCAUUCUGAAAUCAACAACAACAACCAGAGCAGGAGGGAAAUACCAUGGAACAACGGUGUCUCUGUGGGAUCUGCUCUACUCCAAAUACAUCACUGAGGAGAAGAGGAGGGAGCUUGUCCAACAGUACAAGUCUGGAUCAAUCACAAUUGAACGCUUUUUGGAAAUCAUCCUGACAAUCAUUCAGCAGCAAACCACAACAACCUCAUCGUCAUCAGUGGUCACAUGCCAACCACCAGAAACAAAAGUGGACAGCAGCACAACCACUACCACAACCACUACAAUCACAGAGACGACAGAAGUCCAAACAUUCCAUGGAAUCAGAAAGGAUGUCACUGCAACUGAGCUGCUUGAAUCAAAAAUCAUCAACGAGGACCUCUACAAAGAUCUCAGCACUGGGAAGGUCACAGUGACGGAAGUAAGUGAAAUGGACUCAGUACGCAAGUACUUAGAGGGAACCAACAGCAUUGCAGGGGUGUACCUGCAGUCCACCAAAGAGACAAUGAGUGUCUAUGAAGCCAAAAGCAAGGGCCUGCUGACUCCUGGUACUUCUCUGGUUCUGCUGGAGGCACAAGCCGCCACUGGCUUUGUCAUCGACCCGGUGAACAACAAGAAACUUUCAGUAGAGGAAGCUGUGGCUCAAAGAGUAGUGGGCAGUGAGUGGAAAAAUAAACUGCUUUCAGCAGAAAGAGCAGUUACUGGUUACAAGGAUCCCUACACUGGAAACACAAUCUCUUUGUUCCAGGCCUUGAAAAAAGAUCUCAUUGUCAAAGAUCAUGGAAUUCGUCUCCUUGAAGCACAAAUUGCCACAGGAGGCAUAAUUGACCCUGUGUACAGUCACAGAGUGCCUGUGCAGGUGGCAUACCAAAGAGGUUACUUUGAUGAGGAAAUGAACCAGAUUCUGUCUGACCCUGAUGAUGACACCAAGGGCUUUUUCGACCCCAACACUCAAGAGAACCUCACCUAUCUCCAGCUAGUCGAAAGGUGUGUUACAGAUCCCAUCACAGGCCUUAGCUUACUGGUCAUUGCGAAGAAAGGUGAGUUUUAUUUCUUUGUUGAUGAGGCAACAAAACUCAUUCUGAAAUCAACAACAACAACCAGAGCAGGAGGGAAAUACCAUGGAACAACGGUGUCUCUGUGGGAUCUGCUCUACUCCAAAUACAUCACUGAGGAGAAGAGGAGGGAGCUUGUCCAACAGUACAAGUCUGGAUCAAUCACAAUUGAACGCUUUUUGGAAAUCAUCCUGACAAUCAUUCAGCAGCAAACCACAACAGCCUCAUCGUCAUCAGUGGUCACAUGCCAACCACCAGAAACAAAAGUGGACAGCAGCACAACCACUACCACAACCACUACAAUCACAGAGACGACAGAAGUCCAAACAUUCCAUGGAAUCAGAAAGGAUGUCACUGCAACUGAGCUGCUUGAAUCAAAAAUCAUCAACGAGGACCUCUACAAAGAUCUCAGCACUGGAAAGGUCACAGUGACGGAAGUAAGUGAAAUGGACUCAGUACGCAAGUACUUAGAGGGAACCAACAGCAUUGCAGGGGUGUACCUGCAGUCCACCAAAGAGACAAUGAGUGUCUAUGAAGCCAAAAGCAAGGGCCUGCUGACUCCUGGUACUUCUCUGGUUCUGCUGGAGGCACAAGCCGCCACUGGCUUUGUCAUCGACCCGGUGAACAACAAGAAACUUUCAGUAGAGGAAGCUGUGGCUCAAAGAGUAGUGGGCAGUGAGUGGAAAAAUAAACUGCUUUCAGCAGAAAGAGCAGUUACUGGUUACAAGGAUCCCUACACUGGAAACACAAUCUCUUUGUUCCAGGCCUUGAAAAAAGAUCUCAUUGUCAAAGAUCAUGGAAUUCGUCUCCUUGAAGCACAAAUUGCCACAGGAGGCAUAAUUGACCCUGUGUACAGUCACAGAGUGCCUGUGCAGGUGGCAUACCAAAGAGGUUACUUUGAUGAGGAAAUGAACCAGAUUCUGUCUGACCCUGAUGAUGACACCAAGGGCUUUUUCGACCCCAACACUCAAGAGAACCUCACCUAUCUCCAGCUAGUCGAAAGGUGUGUUACAGAUCCCAUCACAGGCCUUAGCUUACUGGUCAUUGCGAAGAAAGGUGAGUUUUAUUUCUUUGUUGAUGAGGCAACAAAACUCAUUCUGAAAUCAACAACAACAACCAGAGCAGGAGGGAAAUACCAUGGAACAACGGUGUCUCUGUGGGAUCUGCUCUACUCCAAAUACAUCACUGAGGAGAAGAGGAGGGAGCUUGUCCAACAGUACAAGUCUGGAUCAAUCACAAUUGAACGCUUUUUGGAAAUCAUCCUGACAAUCAUUCAGCAGCAAACCACAACAACCUCAUCGUCAUCAGUGGUCACAUGCCAACCACCAGAAACAAAAGUGGACAGCAGCACAACCACUACCACAACCACUACAAUCACAGAGACGACAGAAGUCCAAACAUUCCAUGGAAUCAGAAAGGAUGUCACUGCAACUGAGCUGCUUGAAUCAAAAAUCAUCAACGAGGACCUCUACAAAGAUCUCAGCACUGGAAAGGUCACAGUGACGGAAGUAAGUGAAAUGGACUCAGUACGCAAGUACUUAGAGGGAACCAACAGCAUUGCAGGGGUGUACCUGCAGUCCACCAAAGAGACAAUGAGUGUCUAUGAAGCCAAAAGCAAGGGCCUGCUGACUCCUGGUACUUCUCUGGUUCUGCUGGAGGCACAAGCCGCCACUGGCUUUGUCAUCGACCCGGUGAACAACAAGAAACUUUCAGUAGAGGAAGCUGUGGCUCAAAGAGUAGUGGGCAGUGAGUGGAAAAAUAAACUGCUUUCAGCAGAAAGAGCAGUUACUGGUUACAAGGAUCCCUACACUGGAAACACAAUCUCUUUGUUCCAGGCCUUGAAAAAAGAUCUCAUUGUCAAAGACCAUGGAAUUCGUCUCCUUGAAGCACAAAUUGCCACAGGAGGCAUAAUCGACCCAGUUUACAGUCACAGAGUGCCUGUGCAGGUGGCAUACCAAAGAGGUUACUUUGAUGAGGAAAUGAACCAGAUUCUGUCUGACCCUGAUGAUGACACCAAGGGCUUUUUCGACCCCAACACUCAAGAGAACCUCACCUAUCUCCAGCUAGUCGAAAGGUGUGUUACAGAUCCCAUCACAGGCCUUAGCUUACUGGUCAUUGCGAAGAAAGGUGAGUUUUAUUUCUUUGUUGAUGAGGCAACAAAACUCAUUCUGAAAUCAACAACAACAACCAGAGCAGGAGGGAAAUACCAUGGAACAACGGUGUCUCUGUGGGAUCUGCUCUACUCCAAAUACAUCACUGAGGAGAAGAGGAGGGAGCUUGUCCAACAGUACAAGUCUGGAUCAAUCACAAUUGAACGCUUUUUGGAAAUCAUCCUGACAAUCAUUCAGCAGCAAACCACAACAACCUCAUCGUCAUCAGUGGUCACAUGCCAACCACCAGAAACAAAAGUGGACAGCAGCACAACCACUACCACAACCACUACAAUCACAGAGACGACAGAAGUCCAAACAUUCCAUGGAAUCAGAAAGGAUGUCACUGCAACUGAGCUGCUUGAAUCAAAAAUCAUCAACGAGGACCUCUACAAAGAUCUCAGCACUGGAAAGGUCACAGUGACGGAAGUAAGUGAAAUGGACUCAGUACGCAAGUACUUAGAGGGAACCAACAGCAUUGCAGGGGUGUACCUGCAGUCCACCAAAGAGACAAUGAGUGUCCAUGAAGCCAAAAGCAAGGGCCUGCUGACUCCUGGUACUUCUCUGGUUCUGCUGGAGGCACAAGCCGCCACUGGCUUUGUCAUCGACCCGGUGAACAACAAGAAACUUUCAGUAGAGGAAGCUGUGGCUCAAAGAGUAGUGGGCAGUGAGUGGAAAAAUAAACUGCUUUCAGCAGAAAGAGCAGUUACUGGUUACAAGGAUCCCUACACUGGAAACACAAUCUCUUUGUUCCAGGCCUUGAAAAAAGAUCUCAUUGUCAAAGAUCAUGGAAUUCGUCUCCUUGAAGCACAAAUUGCCACAGGAGGCAUAAUUGACCCUGUGUACAGUCACAGAGUGCCUGUGCAGGUGGCAUACCAAAGAGGUUACUUUGAUGAGGAAAUGAACCAGAUUCUGUCUGACCCUGAUGAUGACACCAAGGGCUUUUUCGACCCCAACACUCAAGAGAACCUCACCUAUCUCCAGCUAGUCGAAAGGUGUGUUACAGAUCCCAUCACAGGCCUUAGCUUACUGGUCAUUGCGAAGAAAGGUGAGUUUUAUUUCUUUGUUGAUGAGGCAACAAAACUCAUUCUGAAAUCAACAACAACAACCAGAGCAGGAGGGAAAUACCAUGGAACAACGGUGUCUCUGUGGGAUCUGCUCUACUCCAAAUACAUCACUGAGGAGAAGAGGAGGGAGCUUGUCCAACAGUACAAGUCUGGAUCAAUCACAAUUGAACGCUUUUUGGAAAUCAUCCUGACAAUCAUUCAGCAGCAAACCACAACAACCUCAUCGUCAUCAGUGGUCACAUGCCAACCACCAGAAACAAAAGUGGACAGCAGCACAACCACUACCACAACCACUACAAUCACAGAGACGACAGAAGUCCAAACAUUCCAUGGAAUCAGAAAGGAUGUCACUGCAACUGAGCUGCUUGAAUCAAAAAUCAUCAACGAGGACCUCUACAAAGAUCUCAGCACUGGAAAGGUCACAGUGACGGAAGUAAGUGAAAUGGACUCAGUACGCAAGUACUUAGAGGGAACCAACAGCAUUGCAGGGGUGUACCUGCAGUCCACCAAAGAGACAAUGAGUAUCUAUGAAGCCAAAAGCAAGGGCCUGCUGACUCCUGGUACUUCUCUGGUUCUGCUGGAGGCACAAGCCGCCACUGGCUUUGUCAUCGACCCGGUGAACAACAAGAAACUUUCAGUAGAGGAAGCUGUGGCUCAAAGAGUAGUGGGCAGUGAGUGGAAAAAUAAACUGCUUUCAGCAGAAAGAGCAGUUACUGGUUACAAGGAUCCCUACACUGGAAACACAAUCUCUUUGUUCCAGGCCUUGAAAAAAGAUCUCAUUGUCAAAGACCAUGGAAUUCGUCUCCUUGAAGCACAAAUUGCCACAGGAGGCAUAAUCGACCCAGUGUACAGUCACAGAGUGCCUGUGCAGGUGGCAUACCAAAGAGGUUACUUUGAUGAGGAAAUGAACCAGAUUCUGUCUGACCCUGAUGAUGACACCAAGGGCUUUUUCGACCCCAACACUCAAGAGAACCUCACCUAUCUCCAGCUGGUUGAGAGGUGUGUUAUUGAUUCCAUUACAGGCCUUAGCUUACUCCCCUUGUACAGAUGAAGGAAAGAGGACGUUUCUACCAGCAAUUAUCCUUGUGUUUUGCUUGUAUUAUGAGAUUACCAGUUUACUGUUGUUCAAUCAAAAUUGCAGUUUGUAUUAUUUCAAGUUUUUUAAAAAUGUAUUAUAAGUUGUCCUUAAAGAGAUCUGGAGAGAAAAAUGCAUGCAAACUUUGCUAUGCAAAAUACUGUUAGUUGUUCAUGGUUGAAAAGAGAGCAAGAAAAUGAUUCUAUAUUAUUAUUAUAUUAUUAUAAUGGCACUGACACAGCAAACUGGAAAUCAGCCAUGAACCCUAAAAUGAACCCAACACAUUGAAAGAGAAUGAAUGGCCUUAAAAUCUCUUAGACCGCAGAAAUCACCUAAGUCGAUUCUAAUAAUCACUGUAAAAUCAUAUACAUAGACAUGAAUGUUCUUCGUUACCUGUGUUUGAUAUGACAAAUUUCUGCUGUGACGAAGGCCUUCUGGUCAUAUUUAAAAGUGCCAUAUAUGUCUGUGGCCUCAGUCAUCUUAUUUUCACAUUGUAAUUACCCAAUUCUGUUCUUCUUUGAAUAUAUACAUGGCAGUAGAUGGUGUAACAUUUUGAAUUUUUAAUACUUAUUUUCCAUUUUGAUGCUGUUUCAUGUUUUUUGUGGGAUUUGUUUGUUUUCAUUCUGAUAUAACUAGAUGAAAUUCAGCUGAGCCUAUUUUUUACCUUUCCUAUUGAAGUUGCAUUAUGAAUUAUGUUUAAAUUUAACGCUUUACAGCUUUUCUUACUGAAAUGUUGUUUCCUAAGUAAGUCAAAUGUGAGCACAGUGAAUACUGUUUUGCAAGGCCUGCUUUGACCACACCUGGAAACUAUCCACGCACUUACUGUUUUUUGGGUUACUGUCAAACCUUUCUUGCUCAAACUGUUUAAUUGUUUGGCUCAAUAAAUAAGAUAUGAAUACUGUA